UGGAACGCCACUGGCUUAACUAAAUUUUAAGAAAGAAAGAAUACAUUGCAUACAGUUAUACUUUGGUUUGCGUUUACGGUAAAGUCAAUGGACCCUCAGGUUUGGCACAAAGUUGCAGCGAUUUCAGGAGUGGCAGCACUUGGAUUGGGAACCUAUGGUGCCCACGUCUUCAAGCCCCAAAACCCUGCUUACAAAGAUGUUUGGCAUACAGCUUUGCUUUACCAUUUGGUUCACACAGCUGCCUUAGUUGCCGCCCCAAUUACAAAACACCCCAAUGUUUUUGGAGGCCUUCUAACAGCUGGUAUCUUGGCUUUCUCUGGGACGUGUUAUACUGUCGCAUUUCUUGAAGACAGAAAAUAUUCAACCAUGGCUCCAUUUGGCGGUUUUGCAUUUAUAGCAGCUUGGGGUAGCUUGUUUUUCUGAUGACAUCGGCUCUGCAUUUCUUAAGCUUUUUACUAAGUAAUUACGCUAUCACUGAAUCAACAGUUGUCAAGCCCAUAUUAUACUUCAUAUUUGUAAAUCUUUUACCAUUUGUCUUGCCAAUGCAAUGGUUUAUGAUCAUGAAAUAUAUGUAUCUACCGAUGAUGCCAACAGAUUGAAGAUAUUCUGUUGAUUGUUGAAGCUGA